GGGGAGUUCCUGGACAUGCAGUCACAGAAGUGUCAGAAGUGCGCUGCAGGCACCUACUCUCUGGGCACCGGGGUGGCGUUUGAUGAGUGGGACAGCCUGCCCACAGGUUUUGUCACCCAUGGGGAGGUAACAAAUGGAGGGGAAAGCCAGACAGACUGCUCCAACUCAACCUGGACUCCAAAGGGUGAUUACAUCGCCUCAAACACAGAUGAGUGCACAGCCUUGUUGUCCUACGCUGUGAGUCUGAAGGAGCCUGGGACUGUGUCCUUCGAGUAUUUCUACGAGGAGAGCAGCAUCUACUUUGAGUUCUUUAUUCAGAAUGACCAGUGUCAGUCCACAGACUCUGACAACCGCUGGAUGAAGACUUCAGAGAAAAACUGGGGUAAAUACAAGGUUGAGCUGAACAAGGGCAACAAUGUGCUGUAUUGGAGAACCACAGCAUACACUCUGCCGGCCGACACUGUCAAACCUGUGCUUUUGAGAAACAUCGCCAUCUCAGGAGUGGCCUACACAUCUGAGUGUUUCCGCUGUAAACCUGGCACCCACAGUGCUAAAGCAGGAUCUGCCCGCUGUGCCCCCUGUCCCGCGAGUACCUACUCCACUAAGGGCGCCACUGUUUGCCAUCAGUGUGAACCAGACAAAUAUGCAGAGGCUGGUUCAGGGAGCUGCAUACCGAGACCAGCAUGCACAAACAGUGACUACUUCUACACUCACACACCUUGUGACUCUGAGGGAAAGACGCAACUCAUGUACAAGUGGAUUGAACCGAAGAUCUGUAACGAGACCAUCGAAGGAGCGGUGACGCUUCCUGCAUCAGGGGAGAAACACACCUGUCCACCAUGUAACCCUGGCUUCUUUGUCACCAACUCCUCCACCUGCCAACCCUGCACCAACGGCCUCUACUCAAAUGGAACAGCCUGUUCUCAGUGUGAUGUCGGCACGGAGCCAGUGGUGGGGUUCGAGUACAAAUGGUGGAACACGAUGCCGAGCAACAUGAAGAGCUCCAUCUUCAGCAGAGAGUUGAGGGGCUCCGACCACAGAACGGCAUGGGAGGUGGCUGGAGAAUACGUUUACACAACCCCUGGGGAUCAGGACACAGAUUAUCUGAUGCUGAUGCUCAACGUCCUUGGAUACAGGCUGCCUCAGUCUCUGGCCAAAGAAGGUGAAAGGACUGAACUGUCUCGCAUCACCUUUGUCUUCGAGACCAUGUGUACAGCCGAAUGCAAACUCUUCUUCCUCGCUGGUUAUAAUCAGUGGAAUAACGUUGUGGUGGAGCAGUGGAAAGGCAGCAGCAGCAAACAGUCGUACUCCUACCUCAUCCAGAGCAACAGCACCGUCGGCUUCACGUGGACGUUUCAACGCACAGAGGAGUUGAACAUUGAGAGGAAGUACAGUGGUGACAUUGCAAAGAUCUACUCCAUCCACAUCACCAACGUGGUCGGAGGUGUAGCCUCACAGUGUCGCCGCUGCGCCAUGAGCUCGGACGAGGCCUGUGUUCCCUGCCCACCGGGACACUACAUGGUCAACAGGACCGGGUUCUGCAAGAAAUGCUCGGAAAACAAUAUCAUCAGGGCUGAGCAGCCGUUCGGAGAGGACGCUUGUAUCCGCUGUGGUCCAAGCACGAGGAGAAACAAGGCCUACUCAGCGUGUCUCAGUGACUGUACGCUGGAUGUGCAGUCGAGAGGAGGAGAACAUCUGCACUAUGACUUCUCUGCUCUGGCCAACGUCACCGGCUUCCACAGCAGCCCCCGCUUCACCAACAAAGGCCUGAAAUAUCUCCAGAGCUUUAAUGUGGCUCUGUGUGGGAAAGAGGGUCGUAUGCCAGCUACCUGUGUGGACAAUGCAACGGGGAGUGGGAAGGAAGUCAAAGGUUACGUCUGCCAGUCCACUGUGGUUCCGUCUGAAAUCAGGAGUCAGAGUGUGGUGUCCUCACAGCCGUUCCUCAUCGGGGACUCACUUGUCGGUGUGACCACUGACACGACGCUGAGCAGCAUCUCCUCUCCUGAUUGGCUGUUCCCCUCUACGUCCAUGCUGCCAGACGUCAUCUUCUAUUACAAGUCCAGUGAGACGACUCAGACUUGUAAACAAGGCAGGUCGGCUGCCAUCAGACUGAGAUGUGAUCCAGCACUGACCGCUAAAGACCACAUCACACUGCCGAGAAACUGUUCAGAAGGGACGUGUGAUGGCUGUGUGUUCCACCUCCUGUGGCAGAGCCAGCAUGCAUGUCCACUCUGCACCAAAAGCCACUACAGAGAAAUCGUCAGCGCUUGUAUCCAGGGAAUACAGAAAACCACCUACGUGUGGCAGCAGCCGUUGCAGUGUUAUGGAGGAGUGUCUCUACCAGCACAAAAAGUCAGCGCCUGUGUGAGUCUGGAUUUCUGGCUCAAGUUUGGUGUGACCACUGGAAUAAUUGCUGCUGUGCUGCUCAUCAGUGUCAGCUGCUAUUUCUGGAAGAAGACGCGCAAACUGCAGUAUAAAUACUCCAAGCUGAUGAUGAGCUCCGGCGGUCAAGAGUGUGAGCUGCCCACCGCAGACAGCUGUGCUAUAAUGGAGGGAGAGGACGCAGAGGACGACCUCAUGGACCUCACCAAGAAAUCUUUUUUCACCAAGAUUAAGUCCUUCUCACGAGAGAGGUCGUCAGACGGAUUUGACUCUGUUCCACUGAAGUCGUCAUCUUCUCGCCUCCAACAGGACGACGAGGACUCGGACGAAGCUUGAAUCAGACGAUGAUCAGAUCUUCGAUAGUUUGACAUCAACACGCCUCCAGCAGAUGUUUCUGUGUUGUUCUAGAGAACAGAGAUGGGCUGUGAACGGUUUUCAUUUGUUACAAAGGAUCUAGGCUUACUGAGGGAGAUUCAAAUAUUGU